GCUGGUCCUGCUCUGGGCAGGGGGCUGGACCUGAUGGCUCCUGAGGGCUCUGCCCACCCUGCGGUUCUAUGACUCUGCUCUCUUCCCCCUGCGGCGUGGGCAUCUCCCCCAGACGGGCUGCCUGGAGGAAGCCCAGGCCCUGCAGUGUGUCGAGACAGCUGAGCAGGCGGAGCCGGUGGGGACAGCAUCACCCGCGGAGGAGCCCUGCCCGCUGGUGUUGAGUGGAGAGAGCAGCAUCCUGCAUGCAGGGCAGGUCCAGCAGCUGGCGCCCCACCUCCCGCCGAGAGUGACCGGGCACCCGUGGAUCCUGCUGUACUGCACGGCCCGGGACGGGUUCAGCCUGCGGAGCAUGUACCGGAGCAUGGACAAGCUGAGCUCUCCUGUGCUGCUGGCCGUCAGGGAGACCAGCGGGCAGACCUUUGGGGCUUUCUCCUCCACCGCCAUCCGGCUCAGCCGCUGCUUUUACGGCACAGGGGAGACGUUUCUCUUCUCCUUCGCCCCGGAGCUAAAGGUGUUCAAGUGGACAGGCAGCAACACCUUCUUCAUGAAAGGAGAUGCAGAUUUGCUAGUGCUUGGCGGGGGCAGGGGCAAGUUCGGCCUGUGGCUGGACGGGGACCUGUACCACGGGGGGAGCGACCCCUGCGAGACAUUCGGCAACGAAAGCCUGGCGCCCCACGAGCAGUUCUUCAUUCGGGACGUGGAGGUUUGGGCCUUGGCCUGAGCCCUCCGAGGCCCCGUUGGAGG